CAGAAGUGACGGAGCUCAAAACAAAAAAAAGACAAAAUCUCAAUUCAACCUUUCGUCAAAUGAAAGUGAUGCAUCCAGUGUGUUACAUGAUGAGCCAGCAAACAUUUUAGACAACAGGAUUUCAAGCAAUAAUUUGAUUUGCACUUGCAAACAUUGUCCAAUUCACAAAGAGUUACAAAAUAAUAACGUGACAUAUUUUAAAGAAAUUAUACGACAACAGCAUCCCCUUAAAGCAGAAAUUUGGCAACAAAGUGACAAUUUAAGAAUUAUUAAAAAUGCAGUUGAGAAUCCGAAUUAUGCACAUUUUAAUAAUGCAGACGAUGUCAGGAAGCAAUCCAUUUUUUAUUCCUGCAAUAUCCCUAUGGAUAAUGAAAGGCAAUUAGAGCAAAUGGAAGGCUUUUUGAAAACGGAUGAAAAUUUUAAUACAUCGAUUUUAGAAGCUUCAAAAAUUGGUGGGAACAAUGCAUACGAGUUCAUAAAACGCAACUUGAGCCAAAUUUUCACCAAUAAACUAGCUUCUGAAUAUAGUUGGUUGGGAAAAAAAAAUAAACGUGUAUUUCGAUCAUUAAAGCUAUCACAGCUAUUAAUCGCCGCAGGCGAAAUAGUCAACGCUAUGUUCACAAAAAAGGAUAUCGAAGAGGCAAUACAGAAAUGGCUCAAGAGGGUAAAAGAAAGGCUUAAUGCGGAACAAAAUAAAUUAAACGUUCAAAGGCAACUGGAAGAUCAAUGAGAUUCUUUUAAGCCUCAGUUUCAGUUCUUAUUUGGUUUACUUAUAUAGUUUGUUUUUUGAGUUAAUUAUAAAUAAGAAAUAGUUUUUAACAGCUUUUGUUCCUAUUUGGUUUACUUAGUUUGCUUUUUGAGUUAAUUAUUAAUAAGAAAUAGUUUAUAACACAUAAUUUUUGACAUCUUCAUGUAUCUACGAUAAAAAGUUUUUUAUUUUGAAUGUUUAUUUUGUUUAGAUAUAGUUUA